CCUAAGACUUGCAUACAGAUUUAAUAUUUUCAACAAACAAUUCUAUUUGAUAUUUAAAAAAGUAGCCAUGGACAGAGAGGACCAAAAGUGGAUGUCUUUAAAACUGUCCAGUGUGCUUGAGGACAUUGGGGUCAGCCGUCAAAUGAUUGACAAGAGGCGAUGGACAUGGCGGAUGAUGGAGACAGUGUCCACGAUCACCUUGAGGAUGAAGGAUAAUAGCAAAGCUGCAUAUCACUAUGGUAGUCAGACUGAGGGGACAACAACAAAUGGGAUGGAAUCAGACUAUGAUACAUUGCUUUGUUGUUAUAGACAGCCUGUGAUAUUAAACUUGGGUAAGUGGCAGCAAGGGAAUUAUAAUCUCCUUGUAUUAAAGACAGAACAUUCCCCACCCCAGCAAUGCUUUCUCCAGGUAUUCAGACAUGAUAGUCCAUCGCCAGAGACACGUGAAACGCCGCCCUUUGAGAUGAAAGACAGUGAAGGAAGAGUCCUGCUGAAUAAAUCUGAAGAAGGAGUUGAGGGAGUUUAUAGAACUUGCAACCGGUCGGGUAAGUUAUUUAAACACGGUCCAUCAAGGAGCGGGCACGAAAACUAUGAUAUUGUGAUUGCCUUUUAUUGUGCCAGUCUUCCCGAGGAGUGCCAAUUUUUGUUUGAAAGACCCCGGCCCGGACACUGGCCCAGACAUGACACACUGGCCCGAGCAAGGCAGACUGGAGUGUUCCUGGUGCAACAAGGUUACACCGAGCCUCUUUUAACCAAGUGUAAACUCCCUAAGGCACUCCUUGUCAAUCCAAAUGACCCAAUCUAUCCAAAGACGAAAUGGGAAUGGAGGUUCUCAACCCCACAAAUGGAAAGACUCCUUAUGUUUGACAUGAACACUGUUCAGCUCAAGACAUAUGUGUUAAUCAAAAUAAUUCGCAAAUCAUUCUUCAAGCCAGUAUUUGAAGAUCGUCUGAGUACCUUCCACUGCAAGACAGCUAUGUUAUGGACCAUUGAAACAUUCCCAGCAGCCAUAUGGAAGGAAAAUAACCUUGUACAGUGUGUUAUUUACUGUCUAAAUACACUUCUAAGGUGGCUGAAGAUGAAGUAUUGUCCACACUACACUAUUUCUAAUGUCAAUCUUUUCACUUCAAAGCUACUUAAGUAUGAACUUAAAGUUAUUACAGGGAUGAUAACUAGCAUGAUAACCUCUGACUUGCAGUGCAUUUAUAAAAUAGAGAUGGACUCAAUUGGUGCGAGAAUGUCAGCGGAAUACGUUCAUGCCAUAAACACUGGAAAUAUGAUUUGGUUCGAAAUUGAUUUAAGUGUUAUAUCUGAUUUAGUAUCAUCAUUCACUGGACGGUUCCAGGCAGAAAUAAACUCGCUACUAGUAGAAAAUACAAGCCUCGAGUGGCAUCAAUACGUACAAUCCAUAUCUCAAGAUAUUACAAAGUUAGCCAGCAUAUCUGAGCGGGGGUCUAAUUUAGAACAAGAGUCAGCCUCUCUAUUAAUACCUCAUCGUUGCUGCACGCUUGCCUCAGUCCAAGCAUCCAGGUGUAUCCAGCAAGGAAAACCAAUCACACAGGACGUCUAUAAGUUGUACCAACGCUCCUUUGAUAAGGCCCCGUUGUCCAACAGACUAAAGGCUGCCUCAAUGUUGUUCUGCAGUGGCCAGUAUGAAACAGCAGAAAACUGCCUGACCUACUGUGAGAGCCUGCUUGGGCCAAAAGUGUGGCAAAUAUGUAGGUGCAAGGAAAGCGGAUGCAAAUUUCUAAAUUAUUUUUUUCUGUUGAAUGCCUUGAUUGAAUAUAGCACAGACAUUUUAACAAAUUGCAUUUGUUUCUGUAUAUAUCUUUCAAGACACGAAACAUUUUGUAUCCCAGAGUUUUUGCAGUAUGAAAUGUUCAAAACAAUAAGCGAGGAGGAUAGACAACAGAGACAACAGACACAGCAUGGGUUCCCUGAGUGGAUGGACAUGGUCGUAGUUGACUGUUUCCCAUUUCUCUACUACCUCCAGUUUCUCACAUACAGACAGCUUGGUCUGCAUGUCAGAUCAUUUGAAACAUACCUCAAACUUUCUAAGUACGUAUUGAAUAGCCAAGGUCAUGGUCAUGUAGACACAGCUAUGAACAUGCUGGGUGACUGUUGUGAACGGUUAGGCUGGCUUGAUCAUGCCUGGUUCUUCUACGGGAACUCACUACGACUAUAUCCCAGAAACAAUGCAGCCAACUGGCAUGUAGCAAGACUACUGCAUCGAAGAAUUGAUAACGGAUUUAGAUUGUGUCAGUAACAUGUAUAAACUGCAUCACAACUUGGACACGAAUUGAAAUCCCGUUACAUACAUGUUUUGUUUAGUUUUUUAUCACUAUAUCUAUCAUAACGGACUACAUUUAUUAGCCUUGCUGAUAAAGAUAUA